AUGCGUUCUCUAUUGCUGUUGUUGGCGCUGAGCGCCGCGCUGACGCAAGGCUACGUCUACGAGCGCUGCGAGCUCGCCAGGGAGCUUCUCAACACCUACGGCUUCCCGAGGAGUGAACUCGGCGAUUACCUGAUCGAUAACGAUAUCAGCGACGAUGUUGCGUGCGCGGAUAUAAUCUACGCACGUCAUGGGUUCAGCGCCUGGUACGGCUGGCUGAACCACUGCCAGGGAACCAACACCGAGAGCUACGUUGCUGACUGCGGUGUCUAA